UGAACGGAAACAGAUUUUUUCACUUCCGAGGUCAUCGCUCAUAUUUUAUGCUUCACGUAGUUCACGUUAUGUUAUAGUAUCUGCUUAGUUUGAUUUAACGCAUACACAUACUUUGCGAUGGCUGGUUCAGUAUCAAAUGUGGACAUUUGUAAUCAUGCCUACGAAGGACACAUGGACAAACUAAGGCAAUGCAUUAUAACAGAUAAAACACUCGCCUGCAAAACGGACCAGGGCCAGAGAACCGCCCUUCACUGGGCUUGUUCUGCGGGCCACAACGAUAUUGUGCAGUAUCUUCUUGAUCUGGGAGUUGAAGUGAAUCUACCAGAUGAUGCUUCUUGGACGCCUCUCCACAUAGCAGCCUCAGCAGGCAGAGAGGACAUUGUGAAGGCCCUGAUAUCCAAAGGUGCUCAGCUGAACCCUGUCAAUCAGAAUGGCUGCACCCCUUUGCACUACGCAUCGUCUAAAGACAGAUAUGAGAUAGCCCUGGCGCUGCUUGAGAACGGAGCAGAUCCCAACGCCACAGACAAGCUGCACUCCACUCCCCUCCACAGAGCUUCUUCUAAGGGCAACUGCCGGCUCAUCACACUGCUCCUAGAGCACAGCGCCUCCACAAACAUCCAGGACAUUGAGGGAAACACACCGCUCCACUUGGCGUGUGACGAGGAGCGUGUUGAAGCCGCUAAGCUACUGGUGGGGCACGGCGCCAGUAUUUACAUUGAGAACAAGGAGGAGAAGACCCCCGUCCAGAUGGCCAGGGGCGGCGUGGGCGCCACGCUCCAGCGCCUGGUUGAAGGAUGAGGCCUCCCCCGCAGCCAUACUCAUCCUAUUAUACAGUCAGGAUUUCACUUCCAUCGCAGCGUUGUAAUAACAGGUGAAGGAUGAGAGAGGCUUAAUGGAACUUUAGGCCAAUGUUCACUCUCGCCAGCCUUCCCUUGAACGAACCAUUAACAAUUAAGAUGACAAUUUAUGAACAGCCUACUACAGCAGUCAAUCCACAAGCAACUGAUUUGUUUAAAAACAUUUGUAAAUAUUUAUUUUAUUUUUUAUUAAGUCAAAGACAUACAAAUUGCUUUGGGAUAUCACUAUUCAAAUAGCCAUUACAUUUAAUGCAUACCUAUUCGAUUCAGUUGUGCAUCUCGAAUACCAUAGUGCAAUGUUUGCUACAUGACUUCUAUUUUUCUACUGAUUAACCUGCUUUGAACAUUUUCCUGUCAAUAAAAUUGCUUUCCCCCUGGCUUUCACUGGAUAAUGUUUCAAAUAACUGUUCUAGUCAUUGAGCAUUGGCUAGAUAUACUUACGAUGCUGGCGAUACAAAUCAUAUUUCCCCGUCUGUGAUUAAUAAAGCAGAAUACUCUUUUUU